AAGUCCAUUAUUCCUGCCUGCUCUCCCUCUGAGCACUUCUACUCCGCUCAGCUCCUGUGAAAACUCUGUGUAUAUGUGUGUGUGUACGAAGUCCAUCGCGUGUGCGUGUUAAGAAGAGUUUUAUGUGUGUGCAUAGGGUUGUGUGUUUUUCUAAGUGGAGCUGGAGUGCAGCCGUUCAUCAGUGGAGUUGACUGCAGACAGGGGAAUACUCAGAUCUCACUGCGCCGCUUUUUAACUCACACACCGGCUGUUUUUCUGACUUUUUAAAGACUCACUGGACUUUUUCGUACCAAAGUGGGACUGCUCCCUUUCUGCCCUCCAGGCACCAUUCCCAUUUCUGGAAUUACUCACUUUUUUUUCUCUUUUUUCCAGUUUUCUGAAAAGAAUUUUGCAGGAAUUUUUACCUGCUUACUUUAAUUUAUGGACUUUUAAGAUUCAGCAUCACUUGUUUCCACCUGUUUCCAGGCAAACUUUUCUGUGCAUUCUCAGUGAAUUUAGACAUGGAUAAGUCUGAGAAUGGGUGUGUUGCAAGCACAUAACAACAGCUUAGUGAGUGUAGUGUGUGUAUACAGCACUCUCUAUACUGUGAGUAUAUAAUCAAGAGGGUUUGCCACAUAUGUACAUUUUUUUUAUAUUGCUAUGGAAAGAGGUCAAACAGAAAAAAGCAGCAGAGUAACUAUGGAAACAGUUAGUGCUGUCAGAGGCAUGUUGGGCUCAGGUAGACGCUGAUCCUGACCCGGAAUGUUCUGAACUCUUUUGGAAUUCGGUCCCCCUGGAAACGGAUGGACAGGUAUCUAUGCCCAAGUGUGACGUUUUUGUCCCGUCUUGGAUUUGAGAGGUGAACUUGUUCGUCCUUCGCUGGAGGAGCAGUGGACCUGCAGAGAAAAGUCUUCAGAACCAAGCAGGACAUUAUAAAGAUUACACUGAAUAUUAAGAACUUGAACGGCAAGAGACUGAAGCUUCGCUAAAGCAAAACCCCAAGGGGGAUAAUCUGUUUUGGUUUUGCAAAGACAGGUGGGCUUGUCAAAAACAAGGCAAAUUUUGGGUAUUGCUGUUAAGUGGAUUCUAAAAAUAGGCCACAAUCCACCUGAAGGCACAUUUACGUCUGACUCAGAGUCAGGUCAAGUCGACUUUUGAAAAGAAGAAGUUUGUUCUAAACGUGUCAAGAUGAUGACCAUGAUGAUGAUGAUGGCAGCCACGAUGGUCACCUGCAGCUCUCUGUUCCUGCUGGGUCUGGCCACUGCCCAUGCCUCCUCUGACACCGUGACCCGCACUUCAUCUUCAUCGCCCACAUCCUCCUCUUCCUCCUCCACGUCCUCCUCAUCAUCCUCACCACGCAUGAAGCUCUCAUACAAAGAGUUGCAACAGUUCCAUGGAGUGCGACGGUUUGAUCUGGAGCGUUCCUGCUGCUUCAGUGCUCUGCUGUUGGAUGAAGAGAGAGGCCGUCUCUUUGUUGGGGCAAAGAACUUCCUGCUGUCACUAUCAUUAGACAACAUCGCCAAGCAGGAACACAAGAUCUACUGGCCUGCUCCUGUUGACUGGAGGGAGGAGUGUAACUGGGCUGGAAAGGAUAUCACUUCAGACUGUGUGAACUACGUGAAGAUCGUGCACCACUAUAACCGCACCCACCUGUAUGCCUGUGGGACCGGGGCCUUCCACCCUACCUGUGCUUUUGUAGAGGUGGGACACAGGAUGGAGGACCAUGUGUUCAGGAUUGACCCCUCUAAGGUGGAGGACGGGAAAGGGAAGAGUCCGUAUGAUCCUCGCCACAAUGCUGCGUCUGUACUUGUUGGUGAUGAGCUAUAUGCAGGCGUGGCCACAGACCUAAUGGGAAGAGACUUCACCAUCUUUAGGAGCCUGGGGAAACGCCCCUCCAUCCGUACCGAACAGCAUGACUCACGAUGGCUUAAUGAACCAAAGUUUGUUGGUUCCUUUUGGGUCCCAGAAAGUGAAAACCCAGAUGAUGACAAGGUAUUCUUCUUCUUCCGCGAGACUGCGGUUGAGGCCCAGGGGCUGGGAAAGUCCACUUACUCCCGCAUCGGACAACUCUGCAGGAAUGACAUGGGUGGUCAACGAAGUCUGGUGAACAAAUGGACAACUUUCCUCAAAACCCGUCUGAUCUGCUCAGUACCAGGAGCAGAUGGCAGCGACACAUACUUUGACGAGCUGCGCGACGUGUUUCUGCUGCAGACAAGGGACAGAAAGAACCCUCUGGUCUACACAGUCUUCUCUACUUCCAGCAGCAGUGUAUUUAAAGGCUCAGCUGUGUGUCUCUACUCCAUGAAUGACAUCCGGAGGGCCUUCCUGGGGCCCUUUGCUCACAAAGAGGGGCCCAACUACCAGUGGGUCCCCUUCCAGGGAAAAGUCCCCUAUCCUCGCCCAGGAAUGUGUCCCAGCAAGACAUUUGGCAGUUUUGAGUCAACAAAGGGUUUCCCAGACGAUGUGAUCCAGUUUGCUCGUCACCACCCUCUGAUGUAUAACCCAGUCUACCCUAUGAGCCGAAAGCCCGUCUUCGUCAGGACUAAUGUGGACUACAGCUUCACACAGAUUGCAGUGGACCGAGUCAGCGCUGCCGAUGGGCAGUAUGAUGUCAUGUUUAUUGGCACAGACAAAGGGACAGUACUAAAAGUGAUCAACGUUCCCAAAGAGAGCUGGAACAACAUGGAGGAACUCCUACUGGAAGAACUGGAGGUCUUUAAAGACGCCUCAUCCAUCAUCAACAUGCAGAUCUCCUCAAAACGGCAACAGCUAUAUCUGGGCUCAGACACAGGCAUUGCCCAGGUUCCCCUUCACCGCUGCAGUGUGUAUGGGAAGGCCUGUGCUGAGUGCUGCCUGGCCAGAGACCCGUACUGUGCCUGGGAUGGAACAUCCUGUACUCGCUACCUGCCAAACACCAAGAGACGUUUCCGUCGUCAGGAUGUAAGGAAUGGUGAUCCCAACACCCUCUGCUCUGGAGACCACCACAAGUACCGCGUUGCAGAGAGGAAGCUUUAUGGAGUGGAGGGAAGCAGCACUUUCUUGGAGUGUAUCCCCAAAUCACUUCAGGCCAGAGUCACCUGGACUUUCCAGAAACAUCCACAGAACCCAAGAGAAGAGGUGCGUCUAGAUGACCGCAUCCUUCAGACAGACAGAGGCCUUCUUAUUCGCCGUGUUUUGAAGAGAGAUAUCGGCAUCUACCAGUGCCACGCCAUGGAACACGGUUUCACCCAAACCUUAUUGGGCAUCACCUUGGAAGUUGUACCUUCAACAUCUUCCUCAGUUUCCAAUCUACCCUCUGAUGCUCCUGUACGAUUAGACCCCCGUAGUGGAGGUGGGCCCCCAAUGACCAAUCAAAAGCUUUGGUACCGGGACUUUAUGCAGCUGGUAGACCACCCUAACCUGAGCACCGUCGACCAGAUUUGUGAGCAAGUUUGGGCACGGAAGAAUGCUGGCAGUGACCAAGUGGAUAAGAGCUUUCCUGCUCAGGGGAAGGAUGUCCCACCUCUGGGUCCUGCUGCCCGCCCAGCUAAUAAGAAGUGGAAGCACCUUCAGGAGAUAAGGAAGGGGCGAAACCGCCGGACCCAUGAUGGGAAACCGAAUCCUCGGGCACCUCGCAGUGCUGGGGAGUAACAACGUAGAGAGAGAGAUGGAGAGAUAAAAGAAUGACUGAUACAAGGAGAAAGAAAGAGAAUGAUAGAAAGAGACUGAGAGACCAUGAACUCCUGGAGGUGUUCACACAUACAGAUACACACAUAAAAACACAUGCACACACAAACACACACACAACACCUCCUCUAUUGUGUAUAUUUAUCUAUGGAUGCCCCCACUAUAUGGUACCCCAAUCCCAGAGUCCUCGUCCCAAUGGUCAGCCCCUGCAUGUGCUGCCUUACUGCCCAAAAUAAUUCUGCACGUUCCCUUUACACUGUUCCAAAAGCGUAGUCGACUGUGCAAGUGCAACUGCGCAAUAAACGUCAUUCCCUUUGCCUCUGACUGUAUAUGGAAGAUGGGUUCACAGCACAGGAUUUCCACAUCUUUUGUUGGGUAUUAAAGUUUGCAUACUGCAUGUCAUCUACAGAUGUUAUGAAACUGGAUAGUUGUUCACAAUAUGAACAUCUGGACUACACCACUGAAAACAAAAACAGCCCCAAAGUUUUGGAACUCUCCUUAUAGCUUUUCUUACCUGAAGAUUUCAUUAAAAUGUAGAAAAAUUGUGGACUUGAGUGCUGCGCAAAAUAGGAAGGAAUGGAGAAAACGUGACAACUGGAAUAUACUGCAAAGUAAUGGUCUCUAACUGGAAACACAUUUAACAAUUUAUGUGCAAUUGCACGAGCAUGCAAACAAACACUUUUCUACACAAACAUUAUUUCUACAUAAGCAGAUGAAUUUAUCAACUUCCUGUGGUGCUCUCAUUGCACAUAUUUCAAGUAACCUCACUUUUCACAUGGUUUUGUGUGCAUAUUACAUAAUGCAGUCACUGAAUAGGUAGAAAUGCCAGCAGUGUGGGGCAGCCUGUGGAACAGAUCAGCAUGUUGCAGAACUGGUAUAUUAUAUAGUAGGUUUUUUAGUGGUUUCCUUGGGCACAUUGAGGCAUGUUGCAGCAAAAUAAAUCACACAAUACAAUGUAGUCAUGGUUAGAGAACAGUUGCAUCUGGCCAGAUAUGAUUAUAUUGCGUUACUGGUCCAAACCACUAGAGAAUGAGGGGUGGAAAAACUACUGGCAUUCCAUGAUGUGAGAGAAAGAUGAGAUGUUUACAGUACACAGACAAAGCUGGAGCACAAAGAAGUCAAAUCUCUAAAAACAAAUAAAACCAGGAUUACAUCGAAACAAGUUUAGUUUAGUAGGUUUUAUACGGCAUCCUGAACACACACAAAUAUAUAUAAACAUUGGAAUGACAGAAGAAGAGCUUCGACAUGAUACAAAACCUCACUCUAAAUCUUGUUAUUUAUUGGUUUUAUUUUUUUGGUGUUCAACGUUUUGUACAUUAACAUUAAGAAGAAGUCAUGAACAUGGUGGUUUGAGUGGGAAGCAUUAAUAUGAUGCAAAGGUAGAGGAAAGAUCUUAGUGGACUAUAAUAUGACAACCCAUGUUUCUGGGCUACAGUACACACACACACACACACAUAUACACACAGUAUAUACUAUAUUAGCAUGAUAUUUAUGAGUUCUAUGAUUUUUGUAUUCUACGCGGUACAACCUUUCUCUUUUUACACUGUUCUUGCAUAUGUUGUUUGUGAUAAAUAGAUAUAUGCAAAUAAUAUGAGAUGAGUAAGUCGCUGAUUCCUCAUUCAGCACGGUAAAAUGCACAGAAAGCUCUUCUUUGGCGCUACCCACAAUGUAUUUUACUGUCUGCAAAAAACGAACAAAAACCUUCCAUCUGACUCCAUACACUGUCGAAAUCACUUCUCAGCUUAGUGUUACAGUCAUUAACAUCAUUACUUUUGCUGCUUAACGAUGUCAUCUUUUCUUAAUGGACAAUUAGUAUGAUAAGAUCUUCCUCCUCUGUGUCUUUAGUCUGAUCUCUCUGUGUGUAUUAUCUGUAAAGAAAUCUUGUUUGUUGUCUGUGCUAACAUGGUGUGUGUAGCCUGCCCCCUAGUGUCUAUUGUGUGUACAGGCUUGAAACUACAAGAGCCUACCUGUCAUAUGACACUUCAUUAUAUCAUAGUCUAUCCACGUUAAAGAAAGCGACUGGCCUUGUAAGAUAAAACAUGCAUUUAUGUCAUGAAUUCAUGAAAUCUAAAUAUGAUUUUUAUGAUGAAUAUAUGAUCUAAUUUGUGUUGCUGCCACAUAUUUCUCAGAAGUGUCGUUUUAAAGACAUUCAGUAUACUGAAAUUGGCUAAAUCUGGCUUUUGUGGGUUCAUUAAUUCACACAGGUCACGAUUCCAGGAGGCAACACAAAGUAGGUCUGUGAGUGGAUUUUAGAUGUAUGGAAUCAUUGUUGUUGUUAUUUAUAUACCUUCCUUUUAGAGAUGUAAUUAACUCUUUGAACUGAACUGAACUGACUGACUCCUACAAAAGGGACACUCAGGGACAUUUUGACCCCACAUCCAGGAUUUACAGUAAAAAUGAUGAGGGUUUAAAUGUAGAUGCUGUCUAAACAUGCACACAUCUGCAUUUAAACCACAGAACUAAAUGAAUUAAUUCACUAAAUAGAGAUUAAAUUUAUUAUUCAGUUUUCUUUGAUAAAAGGUUAUUUACAUUGGUAGUGAUGUCAGACUCGACUGUGUUUCCCUUUUAAGUCAGCAGUUGUUUUGUGCUCUUUUGAAAUUGCAUGACCAAUGUUAGUGGGUAACGCGUUUGACAAUGGUGCAGUGGCGAGAAAAGAGCAAGAGAAAGAAAGCACAAUGUUGAAUAUUAUUAUUAUUCCUAUGUAUUUAUGUGCAAAGAUAAGCUGAUAUGUUGUGGUGGAUUUUUAUUUUUCUUAUAAAUGUAGAUUUUCGUCUGUAUUGUUCAUGUUCUGCUGAAAAGGACUCAUCCUCAACAUAUUUUGGACAUUACAGCCAAUGGGAAAGCUCCUUCUGAACACAGUGUCUAAUUAGAGUCUUUGUUGUUCACACAGCCCUCCAAUCAACACCCCUGUUGUAUCCCAUGCCAUGUGACGCACCCCUGUACGAUAGCUCACAAGGAGAGGCUUGUGUAUGUAUGUGUAUGUGUGAAUAAGAGAGAAAUGUUUGCUUGUGGAUUAUGUGUAAUUGCAUGUGUGUGUGUGUGUGUGUGUAUGUGUGUGUGUGGGAGAGAGAGUUUUGGGGGGAAAGCAGAGCUCUGUAUAUAAUGGCAAAGGAACAGUGGUGUGUGUGUGUGUGUGUGUGUGUGUGUGUAGAGAAGGUCUGUAGGUGCAAGGCCAAAGUUAACGUGGUGCACUGUAAUACUCCCAGAGGUCUUUGUGAAAUGUCAUGUCAGAUUGUUUUUGAUUAACACAAUAAAAAAUAUGCAGUUACUUAAAAAUGAAA